CUUCCAUUUCCACUCCCCGUCGUGUCGCUUCCUCCCUCUUCCUCCGGAGCUGCGAAAUUUUGAGACCCAGCCGGGAAAGCGGAGGCGGAGACUACCCACCCCACCACCAGCCCCCCGGAAUUCGCGCAAAUCACAGAAGCUCCCUAGCCGCCGGCGAGCACUCGUGCGCUCCCCUGGAAGCGGCGGAGGCGGCGGCGGAGCCCGCCUCUCUGCCGGCGCCGGCGAUGGGCAACUCACUGGGGUGCUCGGCUUCCGGCGAGCGGCUCGUCUCGGCGGCGCGCGACGGGGACGCCAUCGAGGCGCGGAUGCUGCUGGAGCUCAGCCCCGCGCUCGCGCGCUACUCCACCUUCGGCGGCCUCAACACUCCGCUACACUUCGCCGCCGCCAAGGGCCAUCUCGACAUUGUCACGAUGCUGCUGGAGAAAGGCGCUGACGUUAACGCGCGCAACUACUGCGGCCAGACUGCGCUGAUGCAUGCUUGUCGGCAUGGGCACUGGGAGGUGGUGCAGAUGCUUCUUCUAUUUAGAUGCAAUGUUACUAGGGCAGAUUACUUGAGUGGUCGAACAGCACUGCAUUUUGCUGCACAUGAUGGAUUUGUUCGGUGUAUUAGGCUUUUAGUUGCAGACUUUGUCCCGAGUGUGGCCUUGGAGGAUAUUGCUUCUUCUGUGGUGGAUGGUGGUGAUUGCCAGACAAACAGUGGGAGCAGUCCUAAUUCAUCGUCGGGGCAGAAGUUUAAUGAAUCGGCCCGUGUGAGGUACAUCAACAAACCUGCAGAUGGUGGUGUUACAGCACUUCACAUGGCAGCAUUGAACGGUCACUUAGAUUGCAUGCAGUUGUUGAUUGACUUGGGCGCUAAUGUCUCAGCUGUCUCAUUCCCCUAUGGCACUACUGCAAAUUUGAUAGGAGCUGGCAGUACACCGUUGCAUUAUGCAGCAGGUGGGGGGAAACAAGAAUGCUGUGAGCUACUAAUAUCAAAAGGCGCUAGCAGGUUGACACUCAAUUGCAAUGGGUGGCUUCCCGUUGAUGUUGCUAGAAUAUUUGGACGGCGCUCUUUGGAGCCAUUACUUUCUCCAAAUUCACACUCGAAUGUCCCUGUAUUUCAACUGUCCAGUUAUCUUGCCUUGCCACUCAUGAGUAUACUUAAUAUAGCCAGAGAAUUUGGGUUGCAGCAUACCACACCCUCGAUUGAUGAUAAUGAUCUAUGUUCAGUUUGUCUAGAAAGGUCUUGUUCUGUUACUGCUGAAGGUUGCAGUCAUGAAUUCUGCAUCAAAUGUGCUCUCUACCUCUGCUCAACCAGCAACAUCCGUGUCGAGUUCACAGGCCCACCUGGGUCCAUCCCGUGCCCUCUUUGUCGGAACGGCAUAAUGUCUUUCACCAAGUUACCAAGCACACCAACAGAAGGGCUUAAAUCAGGUUCAGCGCUCACAUUCUGCAACCCAUGCAUACUGAACGCCCGGUCCAUGGACUCGCCAGCCACUUUCUCCAAAGCUGAAAUCAGACGGAACCGUGUGGCAGCUGUCUCUUCGGAGCUGGUCUGUCCAAUCACCUGCAGCCCAUUCCCGUCGUCCGCCCUCCCAACCUGCAGGUGCAGCGACGACGAUCCAUGCGGCGAUACAGACGUGCAGGAUGGUCCCGAGUUCCAGUCUCCCCGGCCCUCGCACAGCGCAAGCAUGGAGCUGGACAAGAGGGGGGAGGGGGAUCUAGACCGGGCCAGUUGCUCAGGCAUGUUCUGGAGCCGAAGAAGCUGUCACAGGGAGCAGCAGUGUGAUGCGGAGAUCAACGCUUGAUUCUUUAUCUGUGGUUCUGAAUUAAGUUUGGAUUCGUAGCAGCUCCAACGCGGGAGAUGAGCAGCGGUUGUUUUUUCCACCCCAGCUAUGUUCCUUCCUCCUAUCUACAGCCAAUGUUUUCUUGAUUGGUGAAAUGCUGCUGCGUCCUUUGCAGCCGUAGCGUGUGUGUUGUAACAGUUUUGUUACUAUGGUUCAUGUGUACCUGUGAAUCUAGAUAGCCUUCGAAGUUGCUAGCCAGUUACGGUUCUUUGUAGCUGUAUGUAAAUUGCAGAUCUGGAUGGAAUUACUUUCUGUCCCUGAUGAUAAAUAUUUAUAUACAACGAGUGAA